AUGUCAAUUGAAGGAGAGGAAAAGCCUACUCCCGACGAAGAUCGUUGUAUAGAGAUUCAGCCUAUAGUUAGAAUCUCAAAUCAUCCAAAUGAUGGAUCAUAUUCUAAUCCCCUGGCUCCUCAGACGGUUCCAUUGUCUACCACAGAUCCUGUUAAUGAAAGGAAUAAUGAAAAUGGCUCAAGACGGCUGCCUAUCUCUUCAAGCUCACACGAUAUGGACGACAAUGAGAUAACAACCAUGGACGACGACGCGUCGGGGUCGUCGUCGCGUGAUAUUGUGGCUUCAAGGCGUGUUUGCGGUAGUGCUGCUUCUUCUGCAAGUGACAGUGAUACAGCGGAUGAUGCUCCUCUUCUACCAGAAACUGGCCGAGUUCGUAUUGAUAUGCCAGGAGAGAAGCCUGCUUCUCCUCAUGACAGAUUUCCUAAAGAACAUGGGAAAGCGAUGAUCGCAGUCGUUAUGCUAGUUUUUGCCGCUGUCCUCAACGAAGUCGUCCUGAGUUUUGUUCAUGAGAGAGUUCCUGAAAUGGCACCUUUGCCAGAUAUAACGUUUUCACUUAUCCCAUAUUAUGCUAAAGGACUUGAAAUCUGUGAAUAUAUCAUGAUAGUUUCUUUUGUUUCCGUUUUACUACUUAUGUUCUUCCAUAGACAUCGAUGGAUUAUGCUGAGGAGGUUGAUGAUAUUAGGAGCAUUACUCUAUUUGAUGAGAUGUGUUACCAUGCUUGUAACCCAAGUACCUGUCGCUGAUCCUAACUUCUAUUGUUCUCCCAAAUUGGGUGAAAAUGCUACAUUUUGGCGUGUUGUCGUACGAGGACUGAAAAUGGUUGCGGGAGUUGGUCUGAAUGUGCAAGGAAAAAACACAUUAUGCGGAGACUACAUCUAUUCUGGACAUACAAUUGUUCUAGUUAUUAGCGCAUUGUUCAUGACGGAAUAUUCACCUCGAAGAUGGUGGGUUCUCCAUGUAACGUCAUGGAUAGCUGCCUUAGCCGGUGUCAUUUUCUUAGUGAUUUCAAGGGGACACUACACAUUGGACGUGAUUUUGUCUUAUUACGUAGUGACAAGAUUGUUCUGGAAUUAUCACACCCUUGCUGCGCAUCCUACACUUCGCAAUUCUCAACACAAUCAUCAUAGGAAAGAGUAUUGGUACUAUCUUUUUGGCUUCAUGGAACGUGAAGUUCAGAAGCCAAUACCCCGACGAUUUGACUUCCCGUUACGUAUAGAUACAAUCCGAAGCGUUUUCCAAAGGAGAGUAGUUAAUUCUCGUAUUGAAUAG